AUGAAAAAGUAUAAACUAAAUAACAAGGAGGCCAUGCAACCUUCAGUGUUUGAUGAGAUACGUGUUGACUACAAUGGAGUAGUAAAUUCGUCACAAGAUGAAGUUCUCAAAAAAGAUGAAAUAAUAUUGGGUUAUAAGAAGAGAUUGAUGAUGAUGGAAAACCAAAUGCAACACCUUUUGGAGGAUCUGAGUUUUGAUAUACAGCAAAUCGAACCCAUGCUCAUUAGUCUGCAAAGACAUUACGACUCCUUUCAACAGCUUUUACGGAAAAGGAAAAAUUCACUGCGAGGUCAAAACUUCACCUAUCAGCCUGGAGGGCCCUCCACAAUUAAUCAGGGAACUGCAAAAGUAAGCGUUUUGAAUGGCAAAUUUAUGAAGCCUCAAGUGAGUCUUGAACAACUAUUCGAUGAAGAGAAUAUUCUAAGGAUCCUUCAAAAAAAUAUAGACUUCAACUACUAUUUUCAGAUCGAGAAAAAGAAAGAGCCAAAGGUGCUAUUACUGGCCAUGUAUCAAUGCCUCAAUGGGCCAAUACGCCUGCAUAAAGUAAUAAGUAUCGAUGGAAUUAUAGAUAAUAAUAGUAUCAGAACCAUACUGGGCAAGCAGGUGUCUAGCUCCAAGUGGACGGUGUUUCUGUACGAUGUAAAAUUAGUUUUGUUAGCACAUAGACGGGAUGUGCCGAAUAUGGAAACCAGCAAGAUGGUUGUCAGGUAUGGCGAUUUAUUUCCUUGCGCGUUGUAUUUUAAGGAUCAUUCAGCAUAUUAA